AUCACAUUAUUAUUGUCAUUUAUAUUAAAUUACACACACACACUCACACAUACUAUACACAGUUGAGAUCUGUGAUUUUUCCUUCUGACAAUGAAGGGGAUUGGCAGCGGCGGAGGAGCUUCCGAUCUCUGCAAAUCCGCCACUCUGAUCAAAGUUUCGGGAUUUCUACUCAUUUCAGUCGUAUUCUUCUACUUAGGCAAGCAUUUUUCCGAUGGCUCCUCACAGCAACUCAUCUUCUUUUCCUCUCACCAAAACCCUGAACCCCAGAACACGCCAUCCUCCGCCGCCGUUGCCCUCUCUCCCAAUCUCAACAAGACCUUCGAUGUCUCUUCCCUCGUAAAUGCUACCGCCUCAUCCCCGCCCCCCGACAGUGCCCUGAAUGAACCUCAACAACCCCUGUCUCCUCCUCCGCCCUCUCCUCCGCCGGCUUUGAAGAGGAUGGGUGUGGUGGACGAGAAUGGAAGGAUGACGGAUGAUUUUGAGGUGGGUGAGUAUGAUCCCGAACUGGUGGAAAAUUGGGCGAAAACCAACGAGAGUGAGGGUUUGGAGAGUGAUGGGAAGGGGGAUAAGGUUAGGGUUAGGAUCAACAAGUUCCCGUUAUGUCCGGAGAGUAUGAGGGAGUAUAUACCGUGUUUGGACAACGAAGAGGCGAUUAAGAAGUUGAAUUCUACUGAGAAAGGCGAGAAAUUUGAGCGGCAUUGUCCUGAAGAGGGAAAAGGCUUGAAUUGUUUGGUCCCUGCCCCUAAAGGGUACAGAACUCCAAUCCCAUGGCCCCGAAGUCGUGAUGAGGUGUGGUUUAGCAAUGUUCCUCAUGCUCGUUUGGCUGAGGAUAAAGGGGGUCAGAAUUGGAUAGCCAUUGACAAGGACAAGUUCAAGUUUCCUGGAGGUGGCACACAGUUUAUUCAUGGGGCAGAUCAGUAUUUGGAUCAGAUUGAAAAGAUGGUCCCUGAAAUUGCAUUUGGUCGACAUACUCGAGUUGCUCUGGAUGUUGGUUGUGGUGUUGCAAGUUUUGGUGCAUAUUUACUGUCACGAAACGUCAUCACUCUCUCUGUAGCUCCUAAAGACGUUCAUGAGAACCAGAUUCAGUUUGCACUUGAACGGGGUGUACCUGCAAUGGUGGCGGCAUUUGCGACACGGCGUUUACUUUAUCCAAGUCAAGCAUUUGAUCUGGUACAUUGUUCAAGGUGUAGAAUCAACUGGACUCGUGAUGAUGGGAUUUUGCUACUUGAGGUCAACAGGAUGCUCCGGGCAGGGGGAUAUUUUGCUUGGGCAGCCCAGCCUGUUUAUAAACAUGAAGCAGCCCUCGAAGAACAAUGGGAAGAUAUGAUUAACCUUACCAGUCGACUUUGUUGGACUCUUGUCAAGAAAGAGGGGUACAUUGCAAUAUGGCAGAAGCCCUUUAAUAACAGCUGCUAUUUGCAACGUGAGGAAGGAACCCGACCACCAUUGUGUGAACCUAAUGAUGACCCAGACAAUGUCUGGUAUGUUGACUUGAAGGCAUGCAUAACACGUUUGCCUGAGGAAGGUUAUGGAUCAAAUGUUACAGACUGGCCAGACCGCUUGCAGAGUCCUCCGGAUAGGCUUCAGAGCAUACAAAUUGAUGCCUACAUAUCAAGAAAAGAGCUUUUCAGGGCAGAAUCAAGAUAUUGGAAAGAAAUAAUUGAGGGCUAUGUACGUGGUUUACAUUGGGGUAAAUAUAAGCUUCGGAAUGUAUUGGACAUGAGAGCAGGCUUCGGAGGCUUUGCAGCAGCACUUAUUGAAAACAAAUUGAAUUGCUGGGUGCUAAAUGUUGUCCCAGUUAGUGGACCCAAUACGUUGCCUGUUAUAUAUGACCGUGGGCUCAUAGGAGUUAUGCACGACUGGUGUGAACCAUUCGAUACAUAUCCCAGAACCUAUGACUUACUUCACGCUGCUGGACUUUUCUCAGUUGAACGAAAAAGGUGUAAUAUCUCUACCAUCAUGCUUGAAAUGGAUCGAAUUUUGAGGCCUGGUGGCCGUGUAUAUAUUCGUGAUUCUGUUGCUGUGAUGGAUGAACUUCAAGAAAUUGGGACAGCGCUCGGUUGGCAUGUAGUAUUGAGGGACACAUCCGAGGGCCCACAUGCGAGUUAUAGGAUCUUGACGGGUGAUAAACGCCUCCUUCGGGCCUGAAAUGAUGAUGUAUUUCCAAAUUGCAAGCAGCAAUUGUACAUGCUGGAAAUAAUCAGUGUUUUAGGAACUAACAGCGAUGUGGCAACGUUAUGUUGAGGUGAUGAGUUAAUUUGAGAUGUGGAGACAUGAUUCCCUUGAGGAUGGAUUUCUGAGAAUCUGCAAUUUACAUGGCUAUUAACUCAAUUGUAACACAAGAAAGGUGAAGGUGAAGCCCUGCAGAGAUAGUGAGGCAUAUGAUAAGGAAACCUAUCAAAUUUUCUCUGAUGUUACAUUUGACAAAUUUCAUUGUCUUUUGCUUUUAUAAUUAUUUUUUUUUGUUCUGGGCUGGGGAGUGGGGGCAACUGGGAAGGUUGUUAUCAUUAUGUUUUAGUUCUUUUGUUUCUUCUGUUUAUCAUUGACAGUUGAAGAAAUACUUUUUGUAAGUAUAUUUCAUGCCAUUAAAUAUUUAAUAUAUUUUUGUAUUGCGAUAAA